AUGUCAACGCCCAAACGCCGGUCCACAUCCAAGCGCAAGACAUCCGGCGGCACUCCCGACCCGAAUUCGCCGCGAAGCGCCGCACCACCCUCCCCGGCAGCGACAAAUUCCCAGCUAUCCAACAAGGUAUUCAGCAAAGAAGACGAAAUCAACCUCCUGAAAGCGCUGCUGGAAUCCACCACCGACCCCAACGCCUCCCUCCCGCUGGGCCACCACGUCUCGGAGACCCAGAUCGCGGCGAAGAUAAAGAGGAUGAAAGAGCGGUACCACAAGCUAGCCAAGUCCAAGUCCCGCAUCAAGACCGCUCACGACGAAGAAGUUUACCAAAUUGCUCGCCUGAUCUGGGGGAAGCAGGCCAAGAAACCCGCACCACUCAUGGUGAAAAUCUCCGGCGACGGUGAAGGAGCCGCCGCCGAGGAACCCUCACCCGAAACGGAAAAACUCCCCGACAGCGAAGAUUUGGAGGAAAAUGGAGAAAAAGAUGAAAGUGGGGAGUUGGAUUUGGGGGAUUUCCCAUAUCUGGUGGACCAAAUGGCUUUGAAUUUCGCAGGAAACAACAUAUACUUGAUGGGGUUAAGGGAAUUGGGUUCAAGAAAUCUCAAGGGCAUGAAUGAGCAGUGGAAGGUGUUAAUGGAGGAAGAAGCUGAGUUCAUAGCUAAGAAGGCUCAGUUUUCUCAAGAGUUGUUGGCUGCAUUGGCUUUCAAGAAUUGA